UUUGCGUUGUAUAACUUCUACCAUACCCCUUACCAGACACUGGACUGUCAACCUUUCAUAUUCUCUCGAUCUAAUAUUGAUCUCUCUCUUCAACACCUUCCUUCCAGCAAGAUAUCUGCAGGUCAGACUAGCAAGCCACCACCAAACCCAACAUAUAUUUCAUUCCAGAGUCCCUGCCGGCAUCAGAUCACCAGGAACCCUACCAGUCACCAAUACCCACAUUACCUUCUUCAGCAAACUAAAAAUGUUCAACCUGGGAGCAAAACCCGGUGUUCGGGGAUUCGGGCAUAUCUUCCUCCAGGUUCUCCGCCUCCUCACCAUCAUUACCCUGCUCACAACCAUGGCAUCGAACUGGGCCAUGAUCAUCGUGUCUGGGUUGGAGGAUCGCUUCGCCUUCUUCGACACCGUGUCGCACAUUUUCGCGUCCACCAUCGCGCUCUGCCUAAUCAUCUCCGAGCUCGACAUGAUUGGCAUACUCAAGCGAUACUUUGAGAGAAACUGGCCGGUCUUGAGCCCCACCCAUUCGCUGGCCUGGCUCGGUCUGGCCAUGGUCAUGCUCGGCUGCCAGCUCAUCAGUGACCAGGGCAAGGAAGCCUACAGCAAGAAGAUUUUCGGCAUGCCUUUGUGGCGCCUCGUCCUCUCCUCCGGUAUCCUGGCCAUCACGUUUGGCUUCAGCAACAUCCUGUCCUCCCUUAUCUUCCGGGACGGCAAGGGUGGUAUAACCGCUCGCCAGAUCCGGAGCGACGGCAACCUGGCGCAGCCCACGUCGGCAAAAGACGACAUCUACGAGGAAUACUCGCAGAGAAGCGCCUCGGUUCGCCAGAAGGAAAACAUUUCUGCGGCCCGCCGGGUGACCAGGAUGCUCAACGUCAAGAACUUCCGGAGGUCCAAGAUCCAAAUCAGCAAACCCAUCAUGCACCCGACUGAUGCCGACCUCGAGCACGGAGACAGCGGCCGGGACGACCGCGCCAGCCCCAUCAUGCCGAACGUCCAGCGACCCCCGACGGUGAUGCACCCUGCCUAUACCGGUGGCAGCCGAUAUAGCGAAGCACACAUGUCUCGCUUCUGAUGCGAUGCCUGGCACUGUUUUUUAUUAUUAGAAGGAGUUGGGG